GGUGAUAAUAUUGAAUGUGGGUGCUGUUAUGGUGAACAACCUUUUGAAGAUAUGGUACAAUGUUAUGAUGGCCAUCUAUUUUGUAAAUCUUGUCUACAAAGUUAUGUUAGAGAAGCUGUUUUUGGAUCAGGAAAGUUAGACCUUAGGUGUAUGACAGAGAGCUGUGAUACCAAUUUUCCUGAAAGUCAAUUACAGUGUUGUUUAGAAACUGAUGUUUUAGAGAAAUAUCAAGAACGUGUUAGAGAGGAAAAUCUGAACUUGGCAGAUUUAGAAGAUUUAGUCAGAUGUCCGAACUGUGAAUAUGCAGCUAUAAUGGAUUCUGGUGAUAAGGUUUUUAGAUGUCAGAAUAUACAUUGUUUAAAGGAAACGUGUAGAUUUUGUAAAGAAGAAUGGAAAGACCAUAUUGGUAUUCCUUGUGAAGAAUUAGAAAAGAAAGAUGAGGCAGCAUUACGGAAAGAAUAUGAAGAGAAAAUGACAGCAGCAAAAGUGCGAACCUGUCACAAGUGUAAGUCACAGUUUAUGAAAGAAGAAGGUUGUAAUAAGAUGACAUGUAGAUGUGGUGCUACUAUGUGUUACGUCUGUAGAAAACCUACAAUACAUUAUGAUCAUUUCUGUCAGCAUCCUAGAGAUCCAGGUAGUAACUGUAAAAAAUGUAAAGCAUGUUCUUUAUGGACUAAUCCAGAGGAAGAUGAUCAAAGAGCUGUGUCAGAAAUUCAACAAGAAGCCCAGCAAAAGAGACGUGAAAAG